GUUCGCCGGUCCGGUCCUCCCGCCGCUGCCUGGUUGUGUAUGACCGAAGAAGCCGGGUGGCGGCGGGUGGUGGGAGCAGCCUCUGUUUUAUUUCUGUCUCGGUGCGCGCCUCUGCACCGGGGCCAGGAGAGGCACGUCGCCGUUGUUCUCCAACCGUUCGUCGACGACGAUCGUUCUCCCGUUAACCGGUGAACAAGGGAACCGACAAAGUGAACCCCGCUACCUGCGAGACAAUUAAAAAUCCGCGGGCCGCUUGAUCCUCCAGCCGCGUGCGCGAUGGAGGACAGCUACACGGUGCACAGACGCCGCAAGGCGGCGGCCAGGAGACGCGAGAAGACGCCGGACCCGUCCACCAGGAACCAGCUGGUGGAGACAUCGGACGACGAGGAGGAGGCGAGGCGCGCCAGAAUGGAGAAGAUGGCGGACGACGCUGAACAAGAAGAGAAAGAGAAGAUUCUAAAACGGGAGGAACAGCAGAAGAUAGAGGAGGCGAAGAAGAAGGAGGAGGAGGAAGAGGAUGCCAAGAAACGGCAGGGAGAAGAGAAGAUUAGCUCCCCUAACGCUGAUGUUAAGGAAAAGAGUCCUAAGAGGUCGCGGGACGCUGAAGAGCCUCGGCCGGUAAAGGAGGAUGCUCCGGGGGAUGAUUCGAUAAAGGAUGCUCCAGUUGCGAAGGAGGAACCAUUGGCGGAAAGGCGGCAGGAGGAGCUACCGAAGACCAAAGAGGUGGACGGCGACACGGAUCACCAAGCGGUGGAGCCUAGGAAGCUGGAAAGGAGGCUGAAGAAGAAGUCGAGGGAGAGGAUCGAGAGGCACGGUCAGUCGACCGACUCCAGUGACCUGGAUGAGAGGUACGACAAGCAUCCGAGGAGGACAAAGUCACCCGAGGGAGUCAGAAUUAGAGUGAAGAAGUCUAGCGCGAAGAGGACGACCAGUGGCGAGCUGGAAGUGAAAAAGGAGACUAUCGAGAAGCCACCGAGGGAGAAAAGAGCUAGCAAACAGAAAGCCGAAGAGGCCGAAGGUCAACCGAAGCCGGAAAGGAGACGGUCCAGGAUGCACAGUCAGACGGACGACACUGACGAGGACCCUAAGAUGAAGAAGAGCGAGACGUUCCCUGUUCAGCAACCGAAGGAGGCGGUGAUGAAGAGGUCCUCAACUGAGCUGAAGAAACAGAUCAUUCCUCUGAGCAACGAUUCGCUGAUAGAGGACUUCGCCAAGGCCCAGAGGGAGUACCUGAAGAGGGAGCAGAGCAUCCUAGAUCCUGACACGCCGGAUCCCUACGAAGAUGCCCAGGAAGAGACCGUUCUGAGACGCAGGAAGUUUAGUGUGCCUUUGAGCGAGACCGAGCAAGAGAAAAUAGAGCAGUCCGUAGAGAUGAUGGAGGUACAUGGGGAAGAGGGGAAGAGGUCCUGGUUCUGGUGGGUGCCUUUCUUUGGCAGAAAGAAGAAAGAGAAGAAAGAGGAUGCUAAGCUCGAAGAGGAGCCUCCUAAACCAGUGGCACCCGAACCGGAAGUAGAAGUAGCCUCUGAGAAGACAACCUUCAUGGACUUUCUCAGGGCUCUAAGGGACGUGGUGUCCGAGUUCAAGGCGUUCGUCGCUCAGAAUCCCAUCGAGACUGAGAUCAUGAACGACCUGAAGAACCGUUGCUUGUCCCAACUGCUUCUGAUAAUCAUCUACUGCGGUUUGGGUGCCUUCGUCUUCAGGUUCACCGAAGGAGCCUUCGAGACGUUCUACAAGUGCGGCGUGAAGAGAGUGAAGAGGGACUUUCUGGAUAGUUUGUGGGAUUACAGUCAUAAUAUGAGGGAGGAUGACUGGAAGAGCAUGGCUAGGAAGAAGCUGAUGGAGUUCGAGGAACAGCUGCACGAAGCUCAUGAGGCUGGCGUGCAAACGUACAGUGGACAGAGGAGCUGGACCUUCUUAAACGCUGUUGUAUACUGUCUGACGGUGAUCACGACGAUUGGGUACGGGCACAUCUCGCCGAGCACCAACACCGGAAGGGCUAUCACCAUCGUCUACGCUAUCUUCGGGAUCCCCAUGUUCCUGAUCAUAUUGGCUGACUUUGGUAAAUUGUUCACGCGGGGUAUAAAGUUCCUCUGGGCGUUCGUCAGGAGACUGUACUACACCGGAAGCUGCCGGACAGUCCGGCGAACCGUACCUGUUCAGGAAGUGAUGAAAGGCGUUCAGUUGGUCUACGACUUCGCUACGUUCAAGAGGCCGUCCCAAAUAAACCCUGAAGACAUCGAGGAGAUGCAAAAGCAGGCGCAGCAGUCGCAAACGGUACUGAACCUGGACGGAAACGCCCCGGACACGCCGGGCACUCCGGCACUAUCCGCAUUCGCCGUCGACGACGAAUUCAAUUUGCCGAUCUCGGUGGCGAUUUUCAUCCUCUUAGGCUACAUCUUCAUCGGAGCGACACUCUUCUGCCUGUCGGAGGGCUGGGGGUUCUUCGAGAGCUUCUACUUCGUCUUCAUCUCCAUGAGCACAAUCGGCUUCGGCGAUUACGUACCAAAGAUGCAUCCCAUAUACAUGAUGUGUUCGAUAAUAUACCUGGUGUUCGGGCUGGCUCUGACGUCCAUGUGCAUCAACGUAGUGCAGGUGAUGCUGUCAGACUCGUUCAGGCAAGCAAGUCAGAAGAUCGGGGCGACAAUUGGUUUCGCCUUUGCCGAGGAGGAUCGUUCGGUGAAUCCCGCAGCUCCUCCGCCAGUGGAAGUGGCAGAGGUCCACAGUCCUGUGAAGGAAUCCGAAAGCACAGAGAAAAUCGCGCCCAAAGCGAAGCAAGAAGACAUCGAUUUGUAGGCAACCAACACUGUGCAACCGCGACAACGAGAACGAAUGUUGUUGAAGACAUUUUUCGGCCUUAAAACGUAAUCGUCCGCUCAUUCGAUGGACUAGCCCCGCUGUGAAUCCAGAUUUAAAGCGUAAAAAAAGUCACUUUCCUAACUUCGGAACUGGCUCCUCAUUUUCAACCACUCCUCGUGGCGAAUCCUUCAUUUCAGUUCGAGUCACGUAGACGAAAGGAUUUAACGGGCUAGUCGCAUUCUCACGCAUCUCGCGGGACACGCUGGAACAGGCUUAAGCUGCGUACACACUGAGGCACUUGUAGCGAGGUAUCUGAAAGCUGCAAAGUAACGAAAGAGAAGAUUGUAUAACUUUUUCAGAGUCCGAGGUCGACGUUGAAAUUGAUAAUUACCGAAAUUAUAAAAUAAAGUCUACGGAACCUAAUGAUCGUAUCAUUUAUCUAUGAUUUCUUAGUGAAAUUUGCGAAACUAUCAGAAGUUAGUACACCGCCGGUGGUCCAGCGUGCACACAGCUCAAAGCUACCGCGAUUCUUGUUGUAACUCCGCUGCAAACGCACCUGACGAACGAAAAUUCCUUCAUUGACCGGUAUGAAACCAGCUCUGGAGCGUUUCUCUAUUUUUGUUCUUCAUUGUUCGAAGUGCGUGCGACAUUCCGUCGGUUUUUGAUGAGCGGCAAUUGUCAGCUGGCUGUCGAUUACAUAAGACGUUAUAGGCGACCGAGCUUCCUUGUAGCCAGGCGAACGCGAGACUCGUGUCCCCGAGCUGCUUGCGCGCACAUCUCGCCUGAAAAUUAAGCGGACAGUCCCGAACGCGAACAAUCAAUUUGCACCGAAACGGGGACUACCGAACGAGCUCGCGUUCCAUUCACGAAACGAAAUUCUUGUACCGACGAAAAACGAAUGUAUCGGAUUGAUGCAAUCAUUCCGCCGUCUUUUCUACUCGAUUCACAAAAACAUUGUUUUCUUUUUAAACGAAUAACACGUGUCUUCAAAUUAUUACAACAUCAAUAAGUACACGUCUUUCUUCGUUUUUACUUACUUUUCAUUUAGCCAGCGAGCAGGUGAGAACUCUUCUUUUUAUUUCUUACAAAGGAACGUCGAAACUUUUGCAUCAACCUGAUACGAUGAAUUCCCUGUUCAAAGAACUCCCUGAAGAACUCUGUGAAGAAGGCUUUCGGAUUGUUUACGCGAGCGCUUUCUCGACAACCCAAAUAAAAUGGGAAAACGUAUGAUGUCGAUGACAAAGAUGAACGUAAAGUACUCCGCAACUGCUCUCGCCAAACCGUUGGCAGGUCAGACACAAGUCUUACGGUUUAUUUCACGUAGCCUAAUGUCUACCGACAAUAAGCCCACCGAAACUCGUGUUUUUGUAUAUUUUGUAGAUUAUCGUGUCGCUGUCCGUGUUACCGUUCGAUUCUCUUUUUUAACUUGUUUUUAUAUUCGCGCACCGCGGAGCUUCGCGCGGACACUUCUGUACUCUAGUAGCCCUGAAAAGCUUAGCUUCCGGUUCGUUAAGUUCUGUUCUCCAGAGGCGGGCGAACAUUUCGUUGAUAACGAAUGAAAGAUGAUCGAUUGUUUUACUGUUUUCGUUCGACGAGCAUCGUACGAAUAUUCUAGUCACUUGUUUAAUUGUUCUGUCAUUGGAGUAAGGUAUCCGCCUGACUCUGGCCCGCACGAACGUUUCGGUUUUAAGCGCGUGAUUUUAUUGUUUAAGGAACCCUCCAGUUUUAUUCGAAAGAAUAUACGCGACAGAUAUGUAUUUUUAUGAUAUAUACUAGUUUGCGUGAUCAACGAUCGAGCAGCAUUUUCCAAUCUACGGUUGUGAACGGGUGAAAAAUUGUUUGAACUGUUAGUAAUUAGAAUCAUUAUUCGAAUUCGAAUCAUUAAUUACAUUUAACUGAAGAAACACAGUCUCUUGAAAGCUUGGCGAAUUUUUCAUACGUUGGAAAGGUAAGAAAGAAUAGCGUUUAGAAUUCACUUUGACUCUGAUUUCAAAUUUCUACUUCGUUGUAAAUGUAACAGUAAAGUUCUGUUAAAUUCAAUUCGCGAAAUAUGAUGAUUGGAGAACGCUGUUGCAAAAUAAAAACCAGGAAUGUAUGUUUGCGAAUAGGGCUGGAGCGUAGGAAGAAAUUUUCCGCCGCGGAAACAGGAAAGAAACUUGUGCCUUUGUAAGAAUGAACUGUGUUAACUAUUUAAAUUUUAUCGGAUACAGAAAUAUAGCGAUUCCUAUAUGUACGCGUCCGAAAAUAACGCUGAUGGAAGGGUAAAACAAUAUGGUGCACACUCGUUGUUACUCGAGCAGCAAGAACACCUCUUUCUUUUUAAGAUCCGACAGAAUAAAGGACAAAAAGGAGAGGGAAAUUUUGCUUAAUGUCUAUGAAACGUCUCCGCAACUUUAUUAACGCGUUCAGGAGUUCACGCGAAGAGGAAACGAAAUGCAGGUGACCGAUCGAUCGAUCACCGAGAACUUGUUAUUAUUACUAUCAUAAUAAUAAUACUAUUAUAAACUUUAUUUACGAAUAAAUGUUUAAGGUCAUUGGGAUCCCUCGGAUUGAAUUCCACCAUUUUCUCUUGGAAAGUGACGAUUCUUUUAAUACAAUUAUAUUUCACAGUUGAUUCUCGGAAUUAACUUGAAGCGCAUUCUUUUCUUUUCAUUUGCGACAAACGUACUGCGUAAAUUCCUCCAUGACUAUAUUUAUAUCCUGCGAGUCAGCUGUCUUCUUAGAAAUAGAAUUAGCCAACUGUUUUGUAGCAUU